AUGUCCCCUGGAAUAACAGUUCCUCCCUUCCCCCCCGCACCCGCUGCUGAGGGGACGGGGCGAAUUUCCGGGAAAACGUUGCGGGGACGCUGGGCACAUCUGGCGGACCAAUCCGUGGCUGCCACGUGUAUCAACGCCAUCCGCAUGCUGGUGGUGGAUGCAGUCAACAACGUCAACGCGGGCCAUCCCGGGUCCGCCAUGGGGCUGGCGCCACUUGGCGCGCUGCUAUUCGCCGAGGAGAUGCGCUUCGACCCCGCCGAUCCCGCGUGGCCCAAUCGCGACCGCUUCAUCCUGAGCAACGGCCACGUGUGCCUGCUGCAGUACUGCCUGCUUCAUCUAACGGGAUACAAUCUCCAGAUGGAGGACCUGAAGCGCCUGGCGAAGCUGGGGAGCAAGACGCCUGGGCACCCCGAGAACACCCUCACUCCGGGGAUAGAGGUCACCACAGGCCCGCUGGGGCAGGGCUUUGCGAAUGCGGUGGGGGUGGCAGCAGCCGAAGCACACUUGGCUGCUCGCCUCAACACCGUUGACUUCCCUCACCUCGUUGACCACCACACGUUCGUUGUAUUUGGCGACGGCUGUGCGAUGGAAGGCGUGGUGAACGAGGCAGCGUCCCUGGCAGGCCACUGGGGGCUGGGGAAGCUCAUUGCCUUCUAUGACUCCAACCAGGUCACCAUAGACGGCAGCACAGCCCUCGCCUUCUCUGAGGAAGACGUCCUGGGCCGCUUCGCCGCGCUGAGGUGGCACGUGCAACUAAUCACACUGCGCGACGCCGCUGACCUGGAUAGCCUGCGAGCCGCCAUUCAAGCCGCCAAGAGGGAAACCCACCGGCCAUCAAUCAUUCAAGUGGACACGUUGAUCGGGUUCGGCUCCCCCAAGAAGCAGGGCACCAGCGCGGCCCACCAUGGGGCGUUUGGAAAGGAGGAGACUGAAGCCAUUAAGAAGACGCUGCACUGGCCCUACAACGAGCCGUUUACUGUUCCCGAGGAGGUGUACAGGGCCAUGCAUAAGGCGGCUGCGCGUGGCCAAUCAGCGGCUGCCAGCUGGAGGGAUCGGGUGGCGCAGUACCGCCAACGCCACCCGGACCGGGCGGCGCUUUUGGACGCACUCACAUUGCCUGGGCGGCUGCCAGCUGGCUGGGAGGACUCGUUGCCGCACUUCCAACCAUCAACUCCUCCCGAUGCCACGCGUGGUUACUCUGAAGCGUGUCUCAACGGCCUCGUGCACUCGCUGCACAACCUGCUGGGCGGCAGUGCUGACCUGGCAUCCUCCAAUAAGGUGGCCUUUCACGGGCUUCCGGACUUCUCCCGGGAGUGCUUUGAGGGCCGCAACUUCCACUACGGCGUGCGCGAGCAUGCCAUGGCUGCCAUCAGCAACGGCCUUGCCCUGCACUCACGGGCGCUCAUACCAGUGGCAGCCACCUUCCUCGUCUUUUCCGACUAUAUGCGGCCGGCGCUGCGCCUCGCCGCCCUCUCCGCCGCCCGUGUGCUCUUUGUCUUUACCCAUGACUCCAUCGGGCUGGGGGAGGACGGCCCCACGCACCAGCCAGUGGAGCACCUGCCAUCCCUCCGGGCAAUCCCCAACCUCCAUGUCAUCCGCCCCGGCGACGCCACCGAGACAGCUGGCGCCUACGUGGCGGCGAUCUGGCGCAGCGUGGGGCCCACCGCGAUCCUGCUGUCCCGUCAGAAGCUGACAGCUCAGCUCCGGGGGUCGUGCAGGGAGGGGGUGUUGAGGGGGGGAUAUGUGCUGGGAGGGGAGGGGAGGGAAGAAGAGGAGGAGGGGGAGGGAGGAGAAGGUGGAUUGGAUUUGAUUCUGAUUGGGUCAGGAUCGGAGCUGGUGCUCUGCCAGGAAGCUGCUGAGAAGCUUCGCCAGGAAGGGUGCAGCGUGCGGGUGGUGUCGCUCCCCUGCUGGGAGCUCUUCAGGCAGCAGCCUAGGGAGUAUCGGGACGCUGUGCUGCCGCCACGUGUCACCAAACGACUGGCUGUUGAGGCUGCUCGCUCCCAGUCCACUGCUCGCAUCCCCUCCUCUCACACCCCUCUUCCCACAACCCUCCUUCCACACCUUUUCUCCCACACCUCUCCUUCCACACCCCUUCUCCCACACCUCUCCUUCCACACCCCUUCUCCCACACCUCUCCUUCCACACCCCUUCUCCCACACCUCUCCUUCCACACCCCUUCUCCCACACCUCUCCUUCCACACCCCUUCUCCCACACCUCUCCUUCCACACCCCUUCUCCCACACCUCUCCUUCCACACCCCUUCUCCCACACCUCUCCUUCCACACCCCUUCUCCCACACCUCUCCUUCCACACCCCUUCUCCCACACCUCUCCUUCCACACCUUUUCUCCCACACCUCUCCUUCCACACCCCUUCUCCCACACCUCUCCUUCCACACCCCUUCUCCCACACCUCUCCUUCCACACCCCUUCUCCCGCACCUCUCCUUCCACACCCCUUCUCCCACACCUCUCCUUCCACACCCCUUCUCCCACACCUCUCCUUCCACACCCCUUCUCCCACACCUCUCCUUCCACACCCCUUCUCCCACACCUCUCCUUCCACACCCCUUCUCCCACACCUCUCCUUCCACACCCCUUCUCCCACACCUCUCCUUCCACACCCCUUCUCCCACACCUCUCCUUCCACACCCCUUCUCCCACACCUCUCCUUCCACACCCCUUCUCCCACACCUCUCCUUCCACACCCCUUCUCCCGCACCUCUCCUUCCACACCCCUUCUCCCACACCUCUCCUUCCACACCCCUUCUCCCACACCUCUCCUUCCACACCCCUUCUCCCACACCUCUCCUUCCACACCCCUUCUCCCACACCUCUCCUUCCACACCCCUUCUCCCACACCUCUCCUUCCACACCCCUUCUCCCACACCUCUCCUUCCACACCCCUUCUCCCACACCUCUCCUUCCACACCCCUUCUCCCACACCUCUCCUUCCACACCCCUUCUCCCACACCUCUCCUUCCACACCCCUUCUCCCACACCUCUCCUUCCACACCCCUUCUCCCACACCUCUCCUUCCACACCCCUUCUCCCACACCUCUCCUUCCACACCCCUUCUCCCACACCUCUCCUUCCACACCCCUUCUCCCACACCUCUCCUUCCACACCCCUUCUCCCACACCUCUCCUUCCACACCCCUUCUCCCACACCUCUCCUUCCACACCCCUUCUCCCACACCUCUCCUUCCACACCCCUUCUCCCACACCUCUCCUUCCACACCCCUUCUCCCACACCUCUCCUUCCACACCCCUUCUCCCACACCUCUCCUUCCACACCCCUUCUCCCACACCUCUCCUUCCACACCCCUUCUCCCACACCUCUCCUUCCACACCCCUUCUCCCACACCUCUCCUUCCACACCCCUUCUCCCACACCUCUCCUUCCACACCCCUUCUCCCACACCUCUCCUUCCACACCCCUUCUCCCACACCUCUCCUUCCACACCCCUUCUCCCACACCUCUCCUUCCACACCCCUUCUCCCACACCUCUCCUUCCACACCCCUUCUCCCACACCUCUCCUUCCACACCCCUUCUCCCACACCUCUCCUUCCACACCCCUUCUCCCACACCUCUCCUUCCACACCCCUUCUCCCACACCUCUCCUUCCACACCCCUUCUCCCACACCUCUCCUUCCACACCCCUUCUCCCACACCUCUCCUUCCACACCCCUUCUCCCACACCUCUCCUUCCACACCCCUUCUCCCACACCUCUCCUUCCACACCCCUUCUCCCACACCUCUCCUUCCACACCCCUUCUCCCACACCUCUCCUCCUACCCCCCCGCUCCCACAACUACACUCACCCCACACACCCCUAGCCCCAUACACACCCCUCAUCCCACACCUUUCAACCCACGCAUCCCAUCUCCUCCACCCCCUCCUUCCCGAUCCCCCUCCCCUCACACCCCUCCUCCCACACCCACACGUCCUCACCCCAUCCUCACCCCAUCCUCACCCAUCCUCACCCCAUCCUCACCCAUCCUCACCCCAUCCUCACCCCAUCCUCACCCAUCCUCACCCCAUCCUCCUGUGCUCACACACCUUCUCCCAGACCCUUCUCCCUGCACUCCCUUUCCUCCGUUGUACCCCUCAACCCACGCCCCUCCUCCCACACAUUCUUACUCCACACACCCCUUCCACUCCAUCUCCUUGCACUCCCUCCCCCACACUCCUCUCUCUUUCCCUCUGCUCCCCACACUCCCACUUCCUCACCCUCCUUGCUCAUUCCCUUCCCUUCCCUGCCCUGAACCUAGCCCGUGUGAGGCUCUUGGCAGCGAGAACUUUGGACACACACAGAUUGCUCAGAUGCACCCGACGGCUGCUGUGGUGGUUCUGCUACGUGCUGCUGUGCUUCAAACGGAUGACCCAGAUGCUGCCCCAACUGCUCCUGCAACUGCUGCACCAACUUCUGCCCUGAUUCCCGCCCCAAAUGCUGCUCCAGGUACUUCCAUAGCUCUUGCUGCUGCUGGGUUAGCUGUGAUGGCUGGGUUGACUGCUGAGCCACGCCGUGAGACAACUUAG